UUUAACCAAACAAUGGACACUCGUUUUUCAGUUUUCUGAGUUAGUACACACAUCAAUUAUUUUACUGUGUAGGUCCUAAUUUAGAGGUUCUAUAGUUUUGCAAUCUAUUCUGCUAUUUUUAUUUGGAAUACUGGCCAAAGAAGAUUUUUGUAGAUUCCAGUUUAACGGAAAUAGCAAUUUUCUUCAUUUUUACUUUAGAGAUAAAAUUAGCAAUAAUUUGGUUAUAAAUUAUUCUACCACAAGAAUAGUGGCAGAAUCUUAGAUAGAAUAGAGAGAUACCAGAAACGCUCUAUUUUGAUAUCUAUAUGCUUGUAUGUCUAUGAUAAGUACACACCACAAGUAUCGUUUUGGUUUUCAACCUUUCAAGAUCAUAGGGUCUAUAUUUCCAUACUUAAACAGUGUCAUAUUAAUAAAUUGUUCCAGUUAAAAAUGGUCGACAUUGACAGGAUCUUAAAGAGCGUUGAAAAAAAUGAAUUGGAAGCUGAAGAAGGAGCUCAAACUUCUCAGAUAUAUUCGCAACUACUAGCUGCAUAUUUAUUCAAAAAUCAAUUAUGUAAUGCCAAACAUCUGUGGAAAAGGAUACCAAGAAAUGUAAAGAACGAGUCUCCUGAUAUAAAAAAUAUCUGGUUAGUUGCUCAAAAAAUGUGGCAACGUGAUUGGCCAGCAGUACACAUUGCCCUAAGAAAUGAGUGGAAUGAAAAUGUUUCUGAUAUAAUGAACGCUCUCAAAGAUCGCAUAAGUGAACGUGCACUUUUUUUGGUAGAAGACGCUUAUUCAUCACUUGAAAUAAGAUAUUUUACCGAAAUGACUGGAUUAUCGAUAGAAAAUUCCCGUGAAGUUGCAAGAGAAAAAGAUUGGAGUGUAGUAGGAUCAAUUAUACAUCCAAAAAAGAAUAUCAAGCAACAAUUUGUUACGCAAGAAACAACUGAAUAUCAGUUGCAUAAGUUAACGCAGUUUGUUACUUUUUUAGAAAAUUGAUAGUGUGUUUAGUAAAGCAUAUUGUGAAAUCAACUUUUUAAAUUUUGUAUAAAAGUUCUUUCAUAUUUAAAUGUA